UACAGCAUAGAAGAAGAACAAGAAGAAGAAGAAGCAGCUUGCAAGAUUUUCCUCUCUUCCAUCAGUAUAUGUAUCACACGCUUCUUGUUUUCCAUCCAUGGCUUGGCUUUGCUUUGCUAUGAUGCCACUGCUGCAGCGUGGCAGUAAACAGGCAAAGCAGAGAGUCGAGGGGUUCACAUGCCAACUUUCUCUGCUUCAAAGGCAAUGAAGGAUCCCUCACUUGUCACACCUUUCAAUGCAGCUCGAGCAUUUCAUUAUCUUUAUUCCCUUCCUUUGAAGCAUGCAUCUCCCACUCCAAAAGCUUGUUGUCCUCCAUUCCCACUUCUCUUGAAAAGUUUCGAUCUGUAGGAGUCCGAAAAAUUUGAGCUUUCUCCAUUUCGUUCGCAAUCUCGGAUGCCCUGGCUCUGUAAACCCUAAAAAUCCCUCCUUUUUUUGGUUUCUCCAUGUCUUUCGUGCGGAGGAGGUUCGUGCUCCGUCAUCCGGUGGUGGUCGACGUCGGCUGCAGCUGCCGGCGCCCAAAGCUCCUAUCUUUCUUCUACUCGUCAACGAAACCCAAGUCCAGUAAGAGCCCUAGCCUCCUUUCCCCUUACGCUACUACUUCACUUUCUGAAACGCUAACGUCCACUACCACCGCCACUACUACCACAAUGACCACCACUGCGACUGCUAUUUCCUCCUCCCCCUCCCGCUAUGGCGACUUCGUUUCCUCCCCCUCUCCGCCGUUCCGCCCGCCGGCGAGGGGGAAGAGCAAGAAGAAGGGGAAGCGCGUGGCGGCGAGGAAGGGGGUGGUGGAGGGGAGUACGGCGGUGGUGAAGGAUUCCUCGGAUCCGUACCUGGACUUCCGUGACUCGAUGCUGCAGAUGAUCGUGGAGAUGGAGAUCUACGCGUGGGACGACCUGCGCGACCUCCUCCACCGCUUCCUCGCCCUCAACGCCGCCUGCCACCACCACCUCAUCUUCCGUGCCUUCGCCGAGAUCUGGAACGGCGUCUUCGCCGCCGCCUCGCCCCCGCCGCCACCCGCCUCCGCCUUCGCGACACGCCCGCGCCGCCGCUGACGCUGACCGCACGCACGCGACCUGAAAAAGAGUCAAAGAAAAGCUAAAAAAAAGUUGAGAUCCUGACCCCACCUAGUGCCACGUGUAUCGAUCGAGCCCAGUCGGUGACUACACCGGGUGGUGAUAGGAUCUCAAUCCCACUAUCAGUGCAAUGGACUGCCUUUUAAUUGUAUUUUCUUCUGUAAUGGUAGAGAUUAAUGUAGGGGGUCUUAAACUUAAUGAGUUUUCCUUGA